ACGAGACGCGCUGCCUCUGCUGCCGCCGCCGCUUUGUAAGAGGCACAUUGGCAGGUAACGAGCGGCGGCGGCGGCGGCGGCGGGUGCCGAGUCCAGCGAGAACAGCAGCGAUUUUCUAUUUUGUACACACGUUAUUUUGUAUAUACUGUAUAUGAUGACUUCGGUGAGCAGUGACCGUUCCCGAGGUGCUCGGGAAAAAACACAGAUUUCAGCGACACAGGCAAUACAACUACAGAAACAAGUAGUACAGGCAACAGCUGAACAGAUGCGUCUCGCUCAGGUGAUCUUUGAUAAAAAUGAUUCAGAAUUUGAAGCUAAAGUUAAACAGCUUAUGGAAGUGACAGGAAAAAAUCAGGAUGAAUGCAUAGUUGCCCUACAUGACUGUAAUGGAGAUGUGAACAAAGCUAUCAAUAUAUUGCUGGAAGGGAAUUCAGACACGACUUCAUGGGAGACUGUAGGGGGGAAGAAGAAGAAUUUUGGAAAAGAAAGUUCAGAAAACAAAGAGAAUAGAGAGAAGAGAAGUGAGAGAGAAGUGAGUCGUGGACGUGGAAACAACCGGAAAGGAAGAGGUGGCAAUCGUGGGAAAGAGUUUAGAGGUGAAGAGAAUGGAAUUGAUUGCAAUCAAGGGGACAAGCCUUCAGACCGUGGCAAGCGCACCCGUGGUAGAGGAUUUGGACGUGGCAGAGGGAGAGGGGCAGGAAGAUUCUCAACCCAAGGCAUGGGGACAUUUAAUCCUGCAGACUAUUCAGAUUUUCCAUCUAUAGAUGGGUGUGGGACAAAACCAGUAGUUUGGGAAGCUGCUCAGAAUGGUGCAGAUGAGGGAAGUGAACUGGCAUCAAAUGCUCAAAAUGUAGCUCAGGAUCUGCCAAACAAUUCUUACGGACACAAAGGGGCCUGGAAGAAUUCUGUGGAAGAGUGGACAACAGAAGACUGGACUGAAGAUCUUUCUGAAACAAAGGUCUUCACUGCCUCAUCUGUUCCACAAGAGAAUCAUGUCACACCUGGGAAAAGCGUUGAUCUGGUAGCCUUGCUCCAGAAGCCUGUUCCUCCCAAUCAAGCCUCAGAAGUCAGCUCCUUUGAAACUUCCCAACAGCAGGGCUUUGGCCAAGCCCUCGUCUUCACAAAUUCUCAGCACAGCAAUCAGAUGGCACCAGGGACUGGCAGCUCCACUGCUGUCAACUCCUAUUCUCCUCAGAGUCUGUCAUCCGUCCUUGGUUCAGGAUUUGGAGAGCUUGCACCUUCAAAAAUGGCAAACACCACCAGCUCCCAGAUUUUGGACCAGUUGAAACCUCCAAGUUUGGGCCAGUUUACUACCACGCCAAGUUUGCAGCAGAAUAGUACAAGUGUCCCCACAACCACUUCUUCUUGGGACCUCAAGCCCUCAGCUACCCAGUCCUCAGUCCGUAGCCAUUUUGACUUUAAAUCUCAGCCUGAACCAUCCCCAGUUCUUAGCCAGUUGAGCCAGCGACAGCAGCACCAAUCUCAGGCAGUCACUGUUCCUCCUCCUGGGUUGGAGUCCUUUCCUUCCCAGGUAAAACUCCGAGAAUCAGCACCCAGAGACAGCACCUCCACUGUGAACAAACUCUUGCAGCUUCCCAGCCUGACUGUCGAAAAUAUCUCUGUGUCUGCUCACCAACCACAGCCUAAACACAUCAAACUCCCUAAGCGGCGGAUACCUCCAGCUUCUAAGAUCCCAGCUUCUGCAGUAGAAAUGCCUGGUUCAGCAGAUGUCACAGGAUUAAAUGUUCAGUUUGGCGCCUUGGAAUUUGGAUCAGAAUCUUCUCUCUCUGAAUUUGGAUCAGCUGCAAGUAGUGAAAAUAGUAACCAGAUUCCCAUCAGCUUGUAUUCAAAGUCUUUAAGUGAUUCUUUGAAUACCUCUCUACCAAUGACCAGUGCAGAACAGAACUCCACCUAUACAACUUCAGUCAUUACCUCCUCCAGUCUGACCAGCUCAUCCCUGAGCUCCACUAGUCCAGCAACAACGUCUUCCUCCUAUGACCAGAGUUCUGUGCAUAACAGGGUUGCAUACCAAAGCUCUGUGAGUCCGUCCGAGUCAGUUCCAGGAACUGUCACGAAUGGACAUGGUGGUGGUCGAAGUCAGCAGACAGUAGACACUACUGCAUCUGUUCCUGCUCCAAAGACAACAGACCCUCCCUCGGCCCUCCCAUCUGUGGCCUCCCUGCCCAGCACCACCUCCUGCAGUACGCUUCUACCCUCUGCAUCUCAGCACACUGCCACUUUGCCCUCCUUGUCCCAGCCUGGUGAUCUGUCCAGCACCCCCCUCUCUCAGCUUAGCAGUUCACUCUCCACCCAUCAGAACAGCCUCUCCUCUGCGCACACAGCACUCUCCUCCAGCACGUCACACACACACACCAGUGUGGAGAACACCCCUUCCCUCCAGUCCUCAGCCACCUUCUCAAUGGCAGCAACCUCCGCCUCGAGUGCCACGUCCUCAGGACUCAGCCUGCCAAGCAGCAUGAACACAGUGAACAGCCUCUGCCUGGGCGGAACCACCGUGAGUGCCCCUAGCAGCAGUACCAGAGCCACGCCCUUGGUGACCUCAGGCAAAGCACCCCCCAACCUGCCCCAGGGGGUGCCACCCCUGCUACACAACCAGUACCUCGUGGGCCCCGGAGGACUGCUUCCUGCCUACCCGAUCUAUGGCUAUGAUGAGCUCCAGAUGCUGCAGUCACGGCUGCCAGUGGAUUAUUAUGGAAUUCCCUUUGCUACACCCACAGCCCUUGCCAGCCGAGAUGGGAGCCUUGCUAGUAACCCAUAUUCAGGUGAUAUCACCAAGUUUGGUCGAGGUGACUCUGCAUCCCCUGCACCUCCCACCACACUGGCUCAAGCACAGCAGAGCCAAUCCCAGGCCCACCACACCCCCCAACAGCCCUUUCUGAAUCCUGCGCUGCCACCUGGCUAUAGCUACACUGGCCUUCCCUACUACACAGGCGUGCCCAGUGCCUUCCAAUAUGGGCCCACUAUGUUUGUUCCACCGGCCUCAGCCAAGCAGCAUGGUGUGAGCCUCAGCACUCCCCCGACCCCUUUCCAGCAGGCCAGUGGCUAUGGCCCGCACAGCUACAGCACAGGUUAUGAUGACCUGACCCAGGGGACAGCAGCGGGAGACUACACCAAGGGUGGCUAUGGUGGAUCAUCACAGGCACAAAACAAGUCUGCAGGUUCUGGGCCUGGCAAAGGAGUGUCCGUGUCUUCAAGCACCACUGGCCUACCUGAUAUGACUGGUUCUGUCUACAAUAAGACUCAGACUUUUGAUAAGCAGGGAUUUCAUGCAGGGACCCCUCCACCGUUCAGCCUGCCCUCGGCCUUGGGUUCCACUGGGCCCCUGGCCCCUGGAGCAGCUCCUGGUUAUGCACCCCCACCAUUCUUGCACAUCCUUCCUGCCCAUCAGCAGCCUCACUCACAGCUGUUACACCACCACCUUCCGCAGGAUGCUCAGCUGAAUCCGAGGCAUAAUCUGCAAGGGAACAGUGGAGAUACUAAGACCACCUUUUAAUUUUAACACAAGAAAAGAAAGAAGAGGGUCAUCCCAUGGGGAAGUAGCAAUACAGGUAUAUUUUAUUUCACAUUUUAUUAGUAGACAGAUGGGCAGAAAAAGACAAAAUAAACCACUAAAGGGAAGUUCAACACAAAAUGCAUCAGAUAAUCUUUUCUCAUAAGUUAAACUGAAGAAAAACAUCUACAAUUUCAGCUAAGAAAACUAUUAAAGUCAGGUCUGACCUGCUGGUUUUAGAAUAGUUGAAAAUUGCAUCUGAAUUUGUAAAUGUAAACCUUUUAUCAGCAUGGGAGGGGUGGAGAGUUAAUUUUCAGUGGAGGACUACACAUUUCCCCUUCAAUCUCUUACCGUAUAUGUCCCAAAAAAUAAGGAAACCAGCAAAUAAAGAAACAAAUAAUUACCAGGGAAGAGGAAAGAAGAGACUACAAAGAAGAAAAAGUCUGGCUAAUAGAAAAGAACUCUGGAAUGAUAUGAAAUAGAGGGGAAGGCUUUGAGAAGCAACAACAGAAUCAUGAUGAUACACUUUCUCCACCCAGCCUCAAAAAACACAGACUUGAAGAGCACCCAGAGAGGCCUCCACUAGAAUCAAAGGGAUCUAAAAAUGCAGGAUUUUGAGCUCAUUAUACCAAAUCAGCACAAGUGUACUCACAAGGUUCUAGCCUGAGAUCGCCACUCCUAAAGAAAAGUUACAGUAAGCUCAAGUUUCCUUUUGCCACAGGAUGUGUUCUCAAGACAGAGCUCUGGAACCAGCAUCUGGGUUUUACAAGUCAGUGUGAGCUAUCAGAAUGUCUACCUGCUAGCAAAUCACCACACUCCAGUCUUCUGAUUGUAUUCUAUCAGAGGCAAACCCAGCCCUCAAUAUUAACACCCCAAAGGGCUGAGAGGUACUACCUCCACCUGGCUCUCUGGCUCCCUGAGUCAACGUGCAACAGGCCAACAGGGCCUAAUGGGACCAGGCUG